GGGGAUUUCUCAUUUUCCCAGGCGUUUCAGAAACAUAAUCAAGUUUGAUUCAGCUUGAUAGGGCGUCGGUAAUUUGAAAAAUUCAAUACAAGGAACAGAGAUACUGUAACAAUGGAAGGAUAUCCUACUGCCAUCUUUGAAUCUGGUUUCGACAACAAGUUUAUUUGCGGACUCUGCAAGAAAAUCCUCCGGGACCCACUGCAAAGUUUUUGUGGACAUCGCUUUUGUAAAGAGUGUGUGAAGAAAACUAUUGGCUCUUCGUCCAAUGUUCCCUGCCCUUCCUGCACUGAAGAACAUAUUGAAGAUGGUGAAUACAACAUGCUCAAAAGUGAACAGAUGUUUCCUGACAAUGCUGUUAAAAGAGAGAUGAUUAGACAGUCAGCAAUGUGUGCCAACAGUGGCUGCACAUGGAGAGGGGUCUUUAAAGAUUACACGGCACAUGAACAAGCAUGCGACUACCGUACAUUUCCUUGCACUCAGUGUGGUCAGAGCAUCUCCGGGCCAAGAAUGAAUGAUCAUUUGUCUAAAGACUGUCCACAGAGACCGAUACAAUGUAAAUACUGUAAUGCCACCAUCGUUCAAGCUGACAUGGAGGAACACAAUCAGAUUUGUCAGAAAUAUCCAACAAAAUGCGACAACUGUGGGAAGAAGAAGAUUCCAAGAGAACAGCUUCAGGACCACUUACAGCGAGACUGCAGCAAGAGAACUGUCCAGUGUCCACUUGGCUGUCCAGAUCAGAUGAGCUGGCCACGUUUUCACGCCCAUCUGAGUAAGAACGUAGGUUCACACUUGGCGUGGGUCAUGGACAAGUUGUUCCAGCUGGAGCAGCAGAUCAACGAGGGCGUUUCCGGCAAUCACUCUCAGGGCAGCCUGAACGAGAUCACCACGGCGAUCACGCGGCUCGAGCACAAGGUGAGCACCUUCGAGGCCCAGCUGCAGAGUGUCAACAAUUUCACGGCUUUCCAGAAGCGGCUGGAGGUGACCGAGGCCAAGGUGACCUCGUUCGAGCCCAUCAUGGGUGUGCUGCACAAGGAGAUCGAGAAGUGUGUGCAUGUGGUGGAGGACGUGGAGCGGAGCGUGGGCAGUACGUCGCAGCAGAGGCUCGACCAGAUAUGUCAGCAGACGGAGGAGUUCCAGGCCAAGAUCCAGAACCUGGAGCGGAACCUGGCCAUCAAGGAGAUCGCGCUGGCUGAACACGAGCUGAGAAUGCAAGGGCUGGAGUUCGCCAGCUAUGAUGGAAGCCUGCUGUGGCGCAUCGGGGACAUCAAGAAGAAGAGGCAGGAUGCCUUGAUGGGCAACGUGACCAGUCUGUACUCGCCAGCAUUCUUCACGGGCAGGCUCGGCUACAAGAUGUGUGCCAGGGUCUACCUCAACGGAGACGGGAUCGGUAAAGGAACGCACAUAUCGCUGUUCUUCGUCGUCAUGCGAGGACACUACGAUGCACUCCUUCCCUGGCCGUUUCGGCAGAAAGUCACUCUGAUGAUAGUGGAUCAGAACUUCCGGGAGCAUGUGAUCGACACGUUUCAGCCAGACACGGGCAGCUCUUCCUUCCGCAGACCCAUCUCGGAGAUGAACAUUGCCAGUGGCUGUCCGCUGUUUUUGCCACUCUCGCGACUUGAUGACCCAGCUUUUGGCUUUGUUAAGGAUGAUGUAAUUUUCAUCAAGAUCAUUGUAGAGACAGACGGCUUGGCAAAGUACACUGAAUUGAAUCCACUAAGAUCCAGUGUGCCGGUUGUGCCACCUGGUUUGAAAAAGUAGCACUGGCACGAGGGGAGACAAUUCCCCUUGUUAAAACAAAAUAUUAAAAUUUAUAGCUGGUGGUGCCACCUAUAGUUGAAAAAAGUAACCCUGGCAUAAAGGAAGAUAAUUUCCCUUGUAGUUUAAGAAUAUUUUUAAAUAUUUUUUUUGUAGUUCUUUUAUCUUAGAACAAAAGUAAUUGAAUGUUUAUGUUUCUUUGAAGCUAAUUGUUGUGUGUACAAACAUUUGAUAUUUUCCUGACCUUAAGAGGUACAGUAAUUUUUUCUCUCUUUAAUUUGUUUAAAUAUAAUUGCUUUUAUAACAUACAUGUAGUACAUACAAAAAUAAAAUCAAGCAUAUUUGAUUAAGCAAAUUAGAGAUCGGGGCCCUAAUUCAUAAAACUCUUAAGUUUUUUUGCACUGCACUGCAUUGUGAGAUUGCAAAAUUGUGAGUGUUUAGUGAAUUAGGCCCCUGUAUUGUAAAUCCUGCUAAGAAUGUGACGUGUGUUAAGCCAAAAAUCCAUGUGCAAAGUUUAUAUUGAAAAUAUCCAAGAUGCUUUUAUCUCAUCUUGAAUUCAUGUAAUGGUCUAUUUCCAUACAGAUUUCAAGAUACCUUAUUCUCUUACCAUGAAAUAUGGUACACAAAAUUUUAGUUAUCAAUCAUUAAUCCAAAGUGCUGUCUCAUUUUGCUGUUAUGUAAGUGACAGCCUACUACAUGCACACUUGUUAUUUAUGUGUAGUAAUAACAAUAACAAUGUCGAUCCCAUGGGUUAUUUCUAUUCUACAGAGGUCAACCUACUUGUAAUCAUUAAAGAAAGUUUCAAAAGGCAUUUUAGUGGGUUGUAUUUCCUAAACUGGAUUAUCUUAAUUUGCUACACAAACUACUGACCAGAAUGGUGUGCUUAUACAUUUUGUUUGGUUGGGUUUUUUUUUAAAUUAUGCCACAAGGACUUGUAGUGAUCUUUACGGCAGAUCACCGAAGCUAUAUCCAUGUAUUGUAUAUACAGUCGCAACUCAUUAAAACGACCAUGUUCGUCCCUGGGUCACUUUGCGUUAUAUCUAAAUUGCUGGGGUAUCGAAUUGUCUUGAGUUAUCCCCAUUGCCAAAAUAACGUAACAAAAAAUACUAAUUAAUAUUAACUGAUGACUGAAUAGCAUUUAAAUAAUUAAUGCAUUGUAAUGCAUCAGUCUAAUCAUUGCAUGGCAUUUACUAUAGUUUGACACCCAAUAGCCGAGGUAUUUUUCGUGCUGGGGUGUCGUUAAACAUUCAUUCAUUCAUUCAUUUAUUGCUUGGUUAAAGACAUCUCCGAUUGGUACCUGUUUCGUUUACAGAAUAUCAUGAAAAUAGAAGAUUUUAUUGUUCGAAGUUAAUCCUUUAAUUGGUUAACUAAAGACUUAUUUGCAAAAGCAGUACAUGUCUACAGAUUUCGCAAACAUCGGUAGCUUGGACAGCAUGUGACACUGUCGGCUCACUACGAGAUCCAAGGAUUCUAAGUGGCUAUGUGUGUACUGCCAACAUGCUACGGUAUCUGUGAUUAUGUAAUGUCGUUGUAAAGAGGUGUUUUCAGACAUCAGAUGUACGUUUGUUCCUAAUUUGCCCUGUCGGUGUCAGAAGGUGUGAAUUCCGGUGAACGGAAUGAACAGAAUAACACUGAUGUAUGUUUGUUCCUAACAAUUUGUGGUCAGAUGGUGUAAAUGUCGUAGUAAUGACAGUCGUUGUAACGAGGUCUGACUGUAUAUAUAGAGGUUAUUACCAGAGUGUUUUUCGGUAUCGUCAAUAUCAUAUAUUAGGAAUAAAAAUUGUA